UGCCGUAGGUUAAUGAUCAGUUUGAGGAGCGGUCACCGGUGUCGGUCAAAGUUGAUUGUAACGAGUACCGACAGCGCCAAACCGCACACACGUCUGCACGAUGACAGCGCGGAACAUUUCUCAGUUUUGGGAGUGGGGCCGGAAGAUAAUCUGCGUGGGGAGGAACUACGCGGACCACGCGAAGGAGCUGAAAAACGCGAUUCCCACCGAGCCCGUCCUGUUCCUGAAGCCCCCGUCUGCGUACGUCAGAGAGGGCUCCCCCAUCCUGGUGCCCCCCUACACCGGCAACCUGCACCACGAGGUGGAGCUGGGGGUGGUGAUCGGCAAGGGGGGCACCGCCAUCCCCCAGGCCGCCGCCAUGGAGCACGUCGCCGGCUACGCGCUGUGCUUGGACAUGACCGCCCGGGACAUCCAGGACGAGUGUAAGUCCAGAGGUCUGCCCUGGACCCUGGCCAAAGCCUUCAACACCUCCUGCCCCGUCAGCGACUUCAUCCCCAAGGAGCGCAUCCCGGACCCGGCCAACGUCCAGCUGUGGCUGAAGGUGAACGAGCAGCUGCGGCAGAGCGGCUCCACCUCCCAGAUGAUCUUCUCCAUCCCGUACCUCAUCAGCUACAUCAGCGACUUCAUCACCCUGGAGGAGGGAGACCUCAUCCUCACCGGGACCCCCAAGGGAGUGUCGGCGGUGCAGGAGCACGACGAGCUGCAGGCGGGGAUCCAGGACGUGGUGACCAUGAGCUUCAGAGUGGACAGACAGGAUUAGAAGAGACUCAGAGUGGAAAUAAACAUCAGGCUGAGAGACGUGGAGGAGGUGGAGGAUCAGCAGGUGGCGGUGCUGCUUCAUCAACACCUGAGUUCUGGUGGAGAAGUUUGACCUCAGCAUCAUCAGUGAAUCUGUUUUACUCAAUCAUGAACUCAAACCAGGACAGGAAUGUCACUAUCAUGAAUAAAAUGUUGUAAACACACUUUACAACGAGGGUCCAGCGUUAACCGUAGAUGAGUAAUUUAUCAGAUAAUUAACUAUUUUCAUGAUUAAUUGAUUUUAUAAGUCAUUUUUUAAAGGAAUUCUCUGGUUACAGCUGCUCAUUUGUGAGGAUUUUGCUGUUUUUUUGUCUGGAUUAUGUGAGAAUAAAAUGAAUGUUGUUGUAAACAAA